GCUGUGCAAGCGGAUGGAGGCGCACGCGCUAUGAAGACACACUAGUCAAUACACGGGCAUCACAAGUCGAGCAUUUCACAUCAUCUCGACAACCAAAGUGCAGUAGCGCUUUCCAGAAUAAGAACUUCGCCACGCCGUAGUGAAAGCCUAUCAAGCGCGGUUCUGUUCAGUGACCUUUGCCCUCGGCCUUGAGCUCGCCGGUUAGAGGUCACUGGCCAGUGCGGGCGAAAAUGGUGCCUCGGUCGGCGCACCAUCGUUCGCUUCCGACCCUCCCGCAGCAGCGCACGCGCUCUUCUCGCAGUGCGAUGACGACGCUACUUGCGACGCGCGAAGGAAUACGGCGCCCCGAGUGAUACGGCCGCCGCAUCGGCGCCGGUGUGCGCGAGUGGGCGAUGACAGCGCGGGCGAGCAACCGAUAGGCGAUAAGGGGCGCACACAAAAGCCCGCGAACAACGCCCGCCCGCCGGCGGCAGCAGCCGAGGGGCAGCCGCCGGUUGUGAGUACUACUAGGAAGUGCGCUCGGCAGCAGGUGAGCAGACGCGUCAUUAUCGUAGUCGCGUCACGUUCGGCAGCACGCUCUCUCGCGCCUCCCUUCUUUCCUUUCGUUCUUUUUUUCGCCUGCUUCUUCCCUAACCCGCGCUGUCAUCGCCGACGAGGGCGCGUAUUGGUUUUAGUCGGGCGUUGGGCGCGAGAAACAAACUCGCCACGGGCGUGCGCGCUCGUUUGUUGUUCGGCCGCGCUGAGCGCAGCUCUAUUCGCAAGCUAUUCGCCCCUGGCUGCGCGCAUGGUCUGUGCACUAAGGAGAUGAAGCAAGCCGCACGAGCUCUAGCGCGGAGCGUCGCCUCGGAGUCCGUGUCGCUCGGCGCCGCCGCAUCCAAGGAACGCCAGACAGCGGUGCCUGCAUAUGCAAAACCUUUCGACCAGAUUCCCGGGCCCAAGCCGUCGUUGCCUUUCAUCGGAACUAGCUGGCAAUACACGAGAUGGGGUCGCUACAAUCUCUACCAGCUUCAUGAAGCCAGCACCGACAAAUACAAUCGGUAUGGUGACCUCAUGAAAGAAGAGUACCAGUGGCGAAGACCAGUGGUCCAUUCUUUCAACCCGGAGGACUUCCAGGUCGUAUUUCGUAGUCAGGGGCGUUGCCCAGUCCGACCACCAAAUGAGUUUGUCUGCAAGUACCGCACUGAGCACCCUCUCAAGUACAGAAGUGUGGGGCUUUCCAAUGCGCUUGGUACAGAAUGGCACACACUACGCAUGGCACUUGCACCGGUGUUGCUUGAGAUGAGAAACAUAGAAGAGCUAGCAACAUGGCAAGAGGAAAUCUGCGAUGACUUUGCUGAAUAUGUGCGAUGGCUGAGAGACCCUGAAACUCUGGAAAUAGGCUGUGUUCAGGACACCUUGUCUAGACUUGCUUUGGAAUCAAUAUUUAGGCUGUGCCUGGACACACGACUGGGCUGCCUGCAACCCUCGCAACUUGAACAAGGAGAAGCAUCCACAGUUAUAGCCGUUGCAGGGCAACUGUUUUCUGCCUACCAGGAGCUCUACUACGGACUUCCCCUUUGGAAGUACAUGCAUACAUCCUCCUACCGGAAGUACACGGAGGCUGAGGAUGUCCUGUACAAAAUAACACUGGGCUACAUCCAGCAGUAUGCCAGAAAGACGUCAGAGGACCACUCCUUGGGGAGCAACAAGAGCCUUCUCCAAGCACUUCUUAGUUUGAAUGGGCUGUCAGAGAUGGACACCCACCUGACAAUAAUGGAUUUCAUUGCGGGUGGUGUUUUCACGACGAGUAUUGCCUUGUGCUUUCUCCUGCACCACUUGGCCUCCAAUCCGGACGUGCAGGAAAAGCUCUACACUGAGCUCAAGUGUGGUGACGAGGACAUCAGCAGCUGUUCCUACCUUCGUGCAUGCAUAAAGGAAAGCUUCCGGUUAAGCCCUACGGUGCCUGGUGUAAUGAGGAUCCUGCCCGAGGAGGUGGUGCUCUCUGGAUACAGGGUGCCCGCUGGAGUGCCGGUGUUUGCAAAUUCGCUGGUGACCUGUCGCCUGGAGAAGUACUUCCCACAGCCAGGACAGUUCAGGCCUGAACGUUGGCUUGGGGAGGAACGGGGACUUAUCCACCCGUUCAGCCUGCUGCCUUUUGGCCAUGGGGCCCGCAUGUGUGUAGGCCGGCGCUUUGCAGAGCUCGAGCUCAUGACUACAGCUGCCAAGAUGGUCCAGAACUUCAUCAUUGAGCCCUGCACGCAACACAUCAACACUAGUUACGUGUUUGUGGUGGUGCCAAGCCACCCUGUGGGACUCCGGUUCCGCGACCGAAACUGACUGCCCACCCUCCCAAGGGCACCCACAUUCUCGGAGAUAUUCUCUGUGCCUGUAACAGAAUUUGAACUGCUUGCACACAUCAUCAUCUCUCCUCCCAGCUAGUGGCUUACUACAUACAAGUCACGUCUCUCAUCAAAAACGGGUGGGCUGUUUUGAGGAGAUUUAUUCCCCGCCGACAUUGCACUGCCAUGACUUGCACUAUUAUACACUAGGUGAAAUGAGAUGUCCACAAGACUGCUACAUUUACAGUAAGCACUACAACUAUUUUAAUGCUCUGGUAUUGUAGAGAUUGACGCAUGCCUUACUAUGUAGUGACAGGAAUGUGCACCUUGAAACUAUGCUCCUUUUGUGUACUUCAUUACCCCUGUCACAACCUCGUACAUAGUAUACUAGUCUAUUAGCAGUUGUAACAGUUUUUUGGUGCAAGUUACGUUAGAGCUCGUCUAUUUUGUAGGUCACACCAAGUUCCUUUCGCAGCAUCAUAACUGGGCAGCUAGCAGGGUAUCUUCUUGUCAAAGCUGAAGGUAGCCAUUAGGUGUAGCUCUCAGCUAAAGAGAGCAAGCUGUUAGCUGCCUUUACAGGCAUCAUAUGUGAGCUUUUAUGUUAUUACUGCAUCAUUUCAUUAUUAAAUUUUAUGCUUCAUCUUUUUAAGACUCUCUUAAAAAUAUGUAGAUGAAAAUUAUAGAUACAGACAGGAAUGUAAAAAGAUGUACAAUUCAUCUAAAUUUGUAUUAGGUACUAUGUUGUAUUUGUGCUCAAGUCAUCAUGUUCCAUCUUGCGUAGUCCUGUACAAGCUAUGUGCAGGCCAUUGAUAUCUACAAAGUGCUGUUUGGGCAACUGUUCAGCAGUUUGCUCCUCUCCGAUUUCAAAAAGUUUGAGCUCUUGCACUGGCUUUCCUUUGGCAAGCAACCAAUAUAGCCAGCCGAUAUCCAGUCAGUGCAUGUUCAUAUAUAGAGCAUUCCCAAGUCAAUGUGAAGAAGUGUUCAGGAAUGAACAAAUUUGACUUUUGCGAACACUGAUUUCUAUUCUGAACAUCCAUAGCAGGCGAUUUUGUGCACGUUAAAGACUUUCCAGUCAACAAAGAGAUGGCUUCAUAAUUCUUUGUCUACUUGGUGGUACGUACCAAGCUUUAAAGGGACACUGCAACACUUUUUGGACGCUGUAAAAAAUGUUCGCAAUGUGUAGACAACACUGUCGCGAAGCCAAAUAUUAUUCCAUUGCAUGUGGCAGGGAUCUCGCUUAAAACGUCGUCCUCUCUGCUGUGGCCCUUGCUAUUAUGCAUCACCAUCAUGGACCCACAGGACAGCCCGUAGAUGCCUACCAUUGAAUGAUUGUUCAAGGUUGUGAGUUACUCCCAAGCAAACUGGGACGUGGCUGUUAUUAAUGCAUUCUGCCCAUCCUGUCACUCUUCGGCACCUUUGUCAGAUGCCAACCUUGAAGAGGUACCAUAGGUACACAGUAAAAAGAAAAAGAAAGGAGCAAUUUAGGCCAGCCAUUGUAAUUGAGAGGAAACAGUGCAUUGAUGAAUGAUGGGUAAAGUAAUUAGACACUGAACUCAUUAUGUCAUUGGUAUUAUUAGGCCCUUUCCAAAAAUUUGUGUGGGAAUAUAUCGAAGGGCAGUUCACUCACUCCACUCUGUUCUCAGUUUUGAAGAAAAAGUAUUGCAGGGCCCCUUUAAUAAGAAGAGCACAGAAAGUUCCCCAUCCAUAUAACGUAUGGAAUGCUGUUGAAGGUUGUCAUGCCUAGAGCUUUAUUCUACAAUUAUCCAUACAGUAAUUACUGUUGCUCACAUUCAGUUAUCCGAGGUACAGGAAUGAAAUGUGUGGUGUAAACCCUUUUCUAGUACUAAAGAAAAGGGACCACCACUGGCAGUGUACACCAAGUCUUGAAUGAAGCUGCAAUAAGCUUCACGUUUGCAGCUACCUGAAAACCAUCCUCGUGAUAGCAAUUUUACAGCAUGUUUUGUGUGAUACUACAAUGCUCAAGUUCAUUUAGACAUUACUUUGGAGCAAGGUCCCAAGGAACUUGCCAUGAAAAGUUAAAUGCUACGAGGUAUACAUGGCAACAAAGUGUGGCAGCAAAACAUACUAUUAUUCAAAUGAAAGAUUAGUGAAUAACACUAAACAUUAUUUUUUUGGCAAAUGACUACCAGAGUGCCAACUUCAAUUAUUAUGCUAGUGUGUCUGUAGUGGCCAUUGUGCAUAUGAGAAUCUUUGCAUCAUAUUUCUUCAAAAUUAGCAAUGUGGUACAUACUUUUAUAUGGUAGGAAAGCCGAUUUAGAAUGCUACUUUUUCUUUAGGGCCAAGAAAAACUGUUGCGGUUGAUUCCAUAAUAGAACUCCUUUACAAUAUUAUCAGGUAUAAUGGAAUGAAAAACUUGAGUGCAGUGUUAAUGUGAAAUUCUCUUGGCAAUCUGCAUGUUCAAACAUCACUUUAGAACAUUUUAUACUAAAUAUUUUAUAAAACCUUGCAGCCAUUGUGACACUGACAUUCUUAUUUUAUGACCACAUAUGAGUAGGGUUCUGCAUUUUAAGAUAUCAUACAUUUAGACCCAAACAACAUUAACCAAGAAACAUUUUCACAAAUUGCAGAUUUAUCCAUAGAUUGUGUUUGUUUUUCCAAGAUGAAUACCGAAAGUAUCAAUCUUUGAAUAACUUGAAGCGCAACUGACAAGAAAGAUUGGUUUGGGCAUUUCUUGUUCUGAAGGCAAGUGGACAAGCUGUCGAAAAUUUUCAUGUUAAGCUAAAUCGCACACUGCAACAGCCUUGAGUUAAUGUUGCCUCAUCUUGUGAGGCUGAGUUUAACGAUGGCUAAGAGUACCGUGAGUGAAGUCCACAAUGCUGACCUCACAUUGUCCUUGAGAUUCAAUGAGGUCACAGUUUUCUGCGGCUGCUCAGAUGCACAUCUGUUCCCCACUGUAAUAAGCCAGUGGUAUUUACUACACUUUCUCAUGAUGUAAAUCUGUACAUGUUUAGAAACAUGUGUGGCUUACAUAUAGUAGCCACAUCUUGUCAUAGCAUUUUCGCAGCUGCUCACAUGGGCUCAUGCAAGGGAAACACAAAUAGCUAAUCACCAUCAACAAUGAAGACCUAACCUCAUACAUAGUGAGAGUUGAGGAACCAACUUCCAGGUGAGGUUGCUGGCGAUCAAAGUUCACGCCAAAGUAUAUCUUGACAACUAGCCCCAAGGUUGAUUCUUGUGAGGUCGUUUGUCCACCUUCAUUGCAAGAAGAUACAUCGGCUGGCGAUGCCACAAAGCAUGCACAAUGUCCAGGCUUUCCUUGGACCAAACAGGACAACGGAUGCAAAUAGUAUGUACAGCAUCUGUUGCACAGCAGUGCCUUCCUGUAAGCAGUAAGGAUGGUUGGCACUGGUCUGUAGCAGUACGCAUUAUAUUUCUGAUCGAAGAUGAAAACAAGUAAACAGCCAAGGAUACACACUCUAAGGGCAUGUCCUUAUCAUCUCUGCUGCACGAGACACAAAGAAAUUAUGUGCCUGCAUUUUUAAGAGCAAAAGGUUGUGAUAUUUAAGAAUGGCCAAGUUCGUAUAUUAUACAUCGAUAUGGACUUGCAGUUUAUAUAAUUUAAGUCUUCAAGUGAUGAUGCUUAUAUACAAACUGAAGAGAAGUAAGGCAUAAUAAUGUCAGUUUCUUGCUCCACAUACAAGUUUCAUCAGAUUUGUAACAUACAAAAAUGCUUGUGGUUCUGUCGUGCUUGCUUGUACUAUGUAUAGCCAAAAAGUGCCCAUCUGCCAAAGGAAGAUUUUAGGAGUGCCGUAAUAUUAACAAAUAUGAAGAAACUUGUGCUAUUUUAGAAAUAAAAAUUGCUUUCAAGGAA